GUAAGUGAUCUAACUAAAUCACUAAUCUCUAAUUCUUCUGAUUUAAAAAUACUACCUAUUUCUAAACCCAAGAAGAAUUUACCAGAAUUCAAGAAAACCUUAUCUGAAAAACAAAAUAAUCUAGUCCACACUCAUGUUAAUUUCUGCAACAAAACAUUGAAGCAAUAUCCUGAUAUAUUUUAUGUUUUUAAUAAUAAAAAUAUUGAUUAUUAUAGAAUUACUGAUAAAGCAUCAUGCCCUUUAUGCAAGUUAGACCAUGAUGAUAAGAAAUGCAUAGAAAGUAGAUAUGAAACUGGUGAAUCAGAGAUUUAA